AUUAUAACAAUAAUAAUAACAAUAACGAUAACAUUUCUAUAAAUAUGUUUAAUAAUGACACAGAUAUCUCUCUUAAUAAUAUUAAAAAAAAUUACUUUUCCAAUGGCAUUAACAAAUUGAACAAAAAUUUGAACAACUACCAUAAAAAUCAAAGCAAAAUUUAUCACGAGAAUUAUAAAACAAUCUCCAAAAUUUUAAUUCCAAACUUGAAUAAUUUGAAUGAGAUUAUUUCCAUGAAAAUUAAAGAAAUUAAAAUUUUAUCAAAUGAUUUUGCUAAUCACAAUAUCAACAGGGAAAUUGCUUUAACUGGACAAAGAUUGACUGAUUAUUUAUCCUCGAUAUUUGAAUUGAAAACCAACAAAAUCAUUCUUAAAAACAAUAAAAACAAUAACAGUAAUGAUAAAACUUCUUUAUCAACUGGACAUCAGAAAUCCGUAUCUUCAACAUCAUUGAAAUCAUUUUCUUCAUUGUCUUCUUCCACGGAUGAAAUUGAUAAUAUUAACAUUAUUGGUAAGGAUCCAUAUCUUUUAAAAUUAAAUUUGGAUUUGCAAUUGAAAAAUCAAAUUUUAGAAGAAAAUUAUUUGAUUGAAGCAUAUGAAAACAUUCAAAAAAAUGGUUCUGAAUUGGACCGAAUUAUUUUUCAAGAGAUUCAAGAUAAUUUGAAUUUAUAUUUAACGUUAAUUGAGAAUAAUAAUAAUAAUAAUAAUAAUAAUAAUGCUAAUGCUAAUUCUAAUGCUAAUGCUAAUGCUAAUUCUAAUGGCGAUUUAAGAUUUCUAAUUGAUAUUAUUAAUCAAGAUUCAUACUGUGAAUGGAAUGAGUUUAUUAACAAAGAUGGAAAUAAAAACUUCAUUUCUAAUUUUAAUAGACCAAGAAAUCUAGGUGAUAUUUACUACCCAUUUAAUGACUGUAUAUUAUCCAAAUCAAUUAAAAUGGGGUUUUUGUUGAAAAAAUCUAAAGUCUUUAAUAAAUAUAACAAAUAUUAUUAUGUUUUAACAUUAAACUAUUUGCACGAAUUUAAGUCAAACAACCUAAUUGAUGAUAAUACCCCAAUUUACUCACUAAAGUUGAAUAAUUGUUUUAUCUCUGAAUUUGACAAAAUUUCCAAAUUCAUCUUGGUUUACAAAAACCCCUUAUCAAAGAAGAUUCAAAAGAUUAUUUUCAAAACUGAAGACAAAGUGGAGCUAUUCAAAUGGUAUAACGACUUGAACAAGUUGCUAAGCUUUCCCAGCUCAAUUGAAAGAGGAUUGUACAUUGAGUCCAAAUUAGCUGAUGUUAGUAAGCACAACGAGAUCUCGAACAACGACGCUGAUGCAGCUGGCACCGGCAGCGUGGCCCCAAUCCAAAUCAACGUUUCCCACAGCGACAACGAUCCUGUUCCCAGCAGUAGCAACAAUAGCUUUGAUAACAGCGACGCUGGUCCUGCAACACAACCCUCCUCGCCCUUGUUGGCACCGGCACAAAAGCCCCCUUUGCGAUUCUCGUACUCUGCUGGUCGAAUUGGCUCUACAACAGCAGGUUUGUCCUUGCAAAACAGCGCUCUGAACUUGAGUGCCGAUGAUCUCUAUCUCAAUAAAUAGUUGUUUGAAACCGAUUGAACACCUGUUGAAGACUUGUUGGAUUCCAUAUAUCUGAUAACCAAUUGAUAACUGAUUGAUUGCUGAUUGUUAACAGAUCGGGAAAUUUAGUCUCAGUCUAAAAGUUAUAACGAUAGAUUAAGAAAUCAAAUGAGAAAUUAAUUAUGAAUUCAAAUAAGAAUUUAAAUUGAAAUUAUAAGCCAUUUUGUUUUCUUUUAGCUUGUUAACUUUUAUUCAAAAUUAUUCACAAUUAUUCAAAAUUGUUAGAUUUUAUAGAACUUUAUAAAAAAAUUAUG